CUGGUGUGGAUGCCCAUGCGGUUGGUUUCCUUCUUCACAUCAGGGAUUAGACUGGUAAACUAAGGUCAUUAUGAAAGCUUCUGUUGGAGUGUGUGUGGUGUUUGGUCUGGCUCUGCUGAGGCUUGGCUCUGCCAUUAAAUGUUACAGUUGUAAUGACUACACGGCCACAUGCUCUAAAAUUCGAGACUGCUACUAUGAUGAUGCCUGCGUGUCAGUCUAUGAGAGAGGUGGGAACACAUACAGGCAGUGUAUAAAAUACUCAGAUUGUGAUUUCAACACAGUCAGCCAGAAAUUUCCCAAACUUUCCAAGUUCAAGUUCACCUGCUGCACCUCUGACCUGUGUAAUGCAGCCUCCGUGUCAGUGGCCAGUCACUCUGUGAUGGGAAUACUGCUCUCACUAGCACUCUUCUGGUAGUGUGUGCUCUAAUUUCUCUAAAAGCUCACAAACAAAGUGCUUCUACUUUGUUCCUUAUAAUGCUGGUGUGAUUUAUUGAGAAUGCAGAUAUUCUCUCACUUGAGUAAAUGGUCAAAGAAGCAUUCAGAGCUUAAAUCUCAACUGACAUGUAAAAUCUUAAAAAGGCUUAUAAACAUUUGUAUUAUUUUUUGCACAACACUGGAAGGGGAAACUGUCUGAUUGUAAUUGUGUUACAAUAAUGCUUUCAAUAUGUAUAUUGAUUUUUUUCCCCAAGGCUAAUCCUUGGUGUUACACAGAACAUUGGAAAAACUGCAUGGGCUCAUUUUGGUUUUGAGAAUUCUGGAGUUUAGUUGUUUAAAGGGUUGAUGUGUCAUACCACUGAACAUUUCAAAAUGACCUUUAUACCUGCUAUUCCUCUGCCAUGUUUAUGAUUGUCUUUUUUAAAACGUAAAUAUCGCAAACAACAUUGCGUGCAAUGCAGUAUGUAGACACGGCAGUCUUUCCAGUGUACUGAUCAGCUUCUUGUUACCACUAUAACCAGCAAAAGUUACUGAACCAUUGUGAUCAAUAAAAGGAAUGUGCUGUUUCAUGCUCAUUUAUUUUGAGAAUUCUG